AUGAAUUACCUGCGCAGGCGUCUCUCAGACAGCAACUUCAUGGCCAACCUACCCAACGGCUACAUGACGGACCUGCAGCGCCCGCAGCCCCCUCCGCCGCCCCCCAGCGCCACCUCGCCGUCGCCCGGCAGCGUCUCGCCCGCCGAAAGGCCGCCGUCGGCCCCCAGCCCGGGCGCGGGCAGCAGCGGCGGGGCCGGGGGCUUCUUCUCCUCCCUCUCCAACGCCGUGAAGCAGACGACCGCGGCGGCGGCGGCCACCUUCAGCGAGCAGGUCGGGGGGGUUGCAGGCUCCGGAGGGUCCUCGGGACGCAGCAAAGUGCUGCUGGUGGUGGAUGAGCCAGGGACAGACUGGGCGAAAUAUUUCAAAGGGAAGAAGCUUCAUGGGGAGAUGGACAUCAAAGUUGAGCAGGCAGAGUUCUCCGACCUCAAUCUGGUGGCUCAUGCCAAUGGCAACUUCUCCGUUGACAUGGAGGUUAUACGCAACGGUGUUAAGGUAGUCAGGAGCCUGAAGCCCGACUUUGUGCUGGUCCGUCAGCAUGCCUUCAGCAUGGCCCGUGGAGGAGACCAUCGUGGCAUCGUGAUAGGACUGCAGUACGCAGGAGUGCCCAGCGUCAACUCCCUGCACUCUGUGUACAACUUUUGCGACAAGCCCUGGGUGUUUGCCCAGAUGGUUCGCCUCUUUCGCAAACUUGGACCGGAAGAAUUCCCACUCAUUGACCAGACCUUCUACCCCAAUCACAAGGAGAUGCUCACAACCUCCAAGUACCCAGUGGUGGUGAAGAUGGGACAUGCUCAUUCCGGAAUGGGCAAGGUCAAGGUGGAGAACCAGUAUGACUUCCAAGACAUCGCCAGUGUGGUGGCCCUCACCAAAACCUACGCCACUUCAGAGCCCUUUAUUGAUGCCAAAUAUGACGUCCGCAUCCAGAAGAUUGGCAACAACUACAAGGCCUACAUGAGAACCUCAGUCUCGGGGAACUGGAAAACCAACACAGGCUCUGCCAUGUUGGAGCAAAUAGCCAUGUCGGAUAGGUACAAGCUGUGGGUGGACACUUGCUCAGAAAUCUUUGGUGGUUUGGACAUCUGUGCUGUGGAGGCUCUGCAUGGGAAGGAUGGACGGGACCAUAUCAUCGAGGUUGUGGGAUGCUCCAUGCCAUUGAUUGGAGACCAGCAGGAUGAAGACAAGCACCUGAUAGUGGAGCUGGUGCUGACACGCAUGGCACAGACCAUCCCUCGCACACCUGUGCCCUCACCUGUGCGCUCGGCCUCAGGACAACAUGCCCAGGCUCAGCCAGCUCCAGCUGGGCAGCGACAAGGCCCUCCAGCCCAGCAGAGACCCCCGCCACAGGGAGGCCCACAGCACCCACCUCCAGGCUCCCAGCGCCCUCCUUCUCAGCAGCGCCCUCCCCCUCAAGGCCAGCAGCUCUCGGGCCUCUCCCCUCAGCCAGGUGGCCCCCCAAUGGGCCAGCGCCUGCCCAGCCCCACCACCCAACAGCCUCCUCCGCAGGCACAGCAGCGCCAGGCGGGGCAACGCCAGCCCGGCCCGGGAGCCCAGCAGCCUCGCCAGCAGGGCCCGCCGUCCGCGCCACAGUCCCCCCAGCCCCAGAGGGGUCCGAGCCCCAGCGGAGGCGGGCAGCAGCUGUGGCAACAAGCUCAGCAGCAGCAGCACCACCAACAGCAGCAACAGCAGCAGCGGGCUGGGGGUGCAGGCCCACCCAAGGCAGCCUCCGGGGGGCCCCCAGGGCCACAGCAGCCACAGCCACCACCACAACAGCGCCCCCCAGCGGCUGGAGGUCAACCACGGCAACAUCCGCGGCAGGCCAGCCAGGGGGGCCCACCUCAGCAGCGCCCUCCGGGGGCAGGAGCACAGCAACAGCGCCCAGCACCUCCCACAACCCAACAGCCAAGGCCUAGCACUCAGGGGCAGGGGCCCGGGGGGCCCGGGCAACAAGGCGGCCGCCCUCCACCAAGCCAAGGCAAACCACAAGUGGCCCAGAAACCCAGCCAGGACCUGCCUCCUCCGCAGCCCCAGCUGAACAAAUCCCAGUCUCUGACCAAUACCUUCCCCCUUGCAGAGGCGCCGGUGCCGCGGGGGAGCCUUAGUCAGGACGAAGUGCGAGCUGAGAGCAUCCGCAGCCUCCGACAGAGCUUCGCCAGCCUCUUCUCCGACUGAGAGACUCCCCCCUCCACGCUGGGACCCCUGACACCCCCCCCACGCACCUCCUGCGACUCUUCUCCCCUUCCUUCCCGCACCCCCUCCCUCUGCUCCUGCUGCCCCUCCAACACUCCACCGCAGGAGCCACAAGGGACGCGCGACCCCCUGCUAUUUGCUCAUCUUGGGCCAAGGAGAAUCCCAUUAUGGAGGGGGCGCCGGCCGAGGGAACCCUUGGCAAGAGAGGGGUGCCUCGCCUCGGCUGCCUUGCGCCCUUGGCAAGGGGUGGGGGUGGGGAGCUCCUUUGCGCCCACGGCAGGGGCCAAACUGGCUGGCUCCUAGGUACGUCUCUGCCUGGAAAUCCAGCCUGAAAGGUCACCGUACCUACCAGAACGGAUCGGGGCCAAAUGUACGGCAGGGUUUUGUGUGUCCAGUGAUGCUUCUGACUGUGGAGUCGGUUUUGAAAAUAAUUCUAUACAUCUCACAAAUCUAACGUCUGCAAAGCUGGAUUCUGAAAUAUUUUCCCACCCCACCCUAAAUCAAUUUCAAGAGCUCCACUUUCCCGCAGAGGGAGCCUCAGUUUAAAAAAUUGCCAAUAAAUCCCCCCACCCAAACCCCAUUUGUUCCAACUCCGGUUCCUAAAACCAAUUCUCCGUAUGCUUUGCUACCUACUCCCCAGGAAGAGGAGCCCACACCCACAAUUAAUGCUUCCCAGCACACACUCUGGCAAGGUGCGUCUCCCUGCCUGCAUUCCCUGGAGUCCUCCUUGAACCCAAGGCUGGAGAUUUCUCAAGUCCACAUCUCUUCUAACAUGAAUAUGCAAACUCUGCCCGGCUCUCUUCUCCUGGCCCCGAUGCUGGUGGGGGGGCAGGGGCGUCCCCAGGUUGGGGUCCAUGGGAGAGGAGAGGGGUCUCCGGGGAUCUCUGUACAUAGCACGAGGGAGGGGACCCCUCCUGGGCCAUGUCUGUGUUUGUGGCCACAAAGGUGUUUGUGUUGCUUUUUGUGAAUAAGCCAACCUAGCGCCAAUUUGCUCCCCUCCAACCCACCCAGUGUCCCUCUUGGUAGCUUCCCCAGCUGCCAAGCACCACCACCUCGGCUACAGGUGUCCCCCCCCUUCACACAGACCCCUUACCGAUUGGCAGCCUCUCCCCACCUAUCUUCCUUCCCUUGGGAACAGUAUACUUGGCAAGCCUUAAACCCGGUUUACCUACUACCCCUCUCUACCCCUUAUUGCAGUGUUCCCAUGGCUGUUGUGUUUUGAGGUCCACUUGUUGCUAGAAAGCUUCCAGGCAGUGGGCAGGACCAGCCGGGCUCUCCCUUUUUGUCUGAGCUGGAUGCUGGCCUGUGCUCUGAUCCACUGCCCCUGUGGAUCGGAGGGCCAGUUGGCCACCGAUGGGGAGGGAGCGUCGAAUCACAGCAUCAUAGAACUGGACAGGCACCAAGGGACCUCUAGUCCAAUUCCCUGCAAUGCAGGAAUCUCAGCUAGAUCACCCCUGACAGAUGGCCUUCCAACGUCUGCUUAAAACCCUCCAAGGAAGGAGAGCCUGCCACUUCUCAUGGGAGUCCAUCCCAGCCGUCUAGCACCUGCUGUUCUUCCAGAUGUUUAGUAGGUUUCUCCUUUCUUCUAACUUGAACCCAGAUUUGUUGACCCCACUCCCCGACUGGCCGCAGUCCCUCAUCCCCCCUCAUGGAUCCUACCUUCUCAGAGAACAGCCAUACUACUGCCGCUGUAGCCAAGGGAUGCUUUUGCCAGCUUGGGCCAGUGGCUGAAAGACAAGCACCCAUUGGACAUUUGAGGGGGCCUUUUUUAUUCAACGUUCAAAACCCAGAGCUUGAUUCCUCUCCCUCCCUAUUUGUACAUAAACUCAAGAGAGAAACUCCCCACUAUAUUUUUGUGAUUCCCUUUUCCUCUAAAGUUGUGUCGCCUACCCCCUGCUCCCCUUUGAAAAAAAAACACAAAACAACACUGGGGCGGGGAGAGGGAAUGCCUCAACGCGUGAUGGUCUGGUAGCUGCAAAGUCGCGUGUCGUAGCCGUGUUGUGACAUGACGCUUUGAGCUGUGUUUGCAACCUAUUGCCAGGGUUGGGGAGGGAGAAGACUACAGGGGUGUCCAGCCAGCCCCUGCGUAAUGCAUCCCUUUUCUCUCCCUCAACCUCUUCUCCCCAGGCAGAUGCUCCUUCUUCCCCACUCAAGGAAUCUGGGGAGGGCAAUUUAAAGUGCUAACCUGGUAUCUCUUUGUUAUUUAUUCUUGUCUGGAAAGUGCAUCCCCUUUCCCACACUCUUCCCAUGGGGAUAGAGGCCUUUCCUAUUGCUGUGAUUCUGUCUCUGUGUGGAUCAAAGUUUCAAUGGAUCAGUGGUGUAAAAGACAAAAAUAAAUAUAUUAUAUAAAUAUUAAAAAACAAAAACCCUCAACCUGCUGAAAAAAUGCACACAUUUUGUGGCUGGAAAGAAACCAAUAGAAAGAUAUAUAUAUAUUAUGCAGAGAAGAGAGUUAUAUAUGUACCAAGAUAUUAAACUGGAGAAAUGAUGAGAAGAAAUUUGUGUAUUAUUGGAG